GGGGACGCUCCUGUCGCCCCGGGCAACGGACGAGGAGGCGCCUCCCUCCUUAGGGAGGGAGGGCGGGCGGGCCGGGAGAAGAGCUGGGGAGAGGAAGGAUGUUCUCGUCAAGAAAAACCAACAUGCCGAAAGGCUACCGACUAGCUAGUGAUUGUUUUAGCCAUUUGAGUGAAAUCUCCUUCAGCGAUUCAGAAAUCAAUGAGCUUAAAAACAGCGAACCCCAAAGUGAAAACCUUAUGGAAACGUCACCCGAUCACAACAGAUUCCUUAAAAAGAAGCAGAUUACAGCCAACCCUGCCAAUGAUUCCAAGUCCAAAUUCAUUUCAAGUAGACCCGCGACUACCCCUUCGACCAUCAGGGCCAAGGCAGCGCUGAUGAAACUGGCCCAAAUGGAAACCAGGAUCAAGAACCGCAAGUUGAAGAUGGAUCUGUCUGACUCUGACUCUGAUCUGCUGAGUGCAGAUCAAAGACCCACUUCGAAAAGCAAUGAGCGGUCUCCAAGAGGCAGUCAGAUUCUGGAGAAGAAAGCCGCAGCCAUUGAAAGCACAUCCAGUAAGAUGUAUUUAAAAGAAAAAAUGAAUUCACAAAUGUCAAGAAAGAUUGGCCCGGCAAGAAAACCUGUUUCCCUAGGUAGCAAUGAAGAGGAAGGGAGACAGCUGGUGCAAAAAUUCGUCAAGUCUUCCAGUAAAAGCGAGAAGUAUAAGAAUCGUGUUUUCAACACUAAAUUUCAAGAAAAAGAAGCAAAGGAGCCAUCCAAGGAUCCUGUUCAGAGUAUAUCAACAACAUUUUCCUCCAUCACUGAAGGACCUUGCCACAUAAAACUGUUGCAGUUAUCAUCUCUGGCUAGCGAGAACCUGAAGACACUCCCUCAGAAAGCCUGUUCAAGAACACCUUCCCCACGAAGGCACUCUGGAACAGAAGCAGGCUCUUUAAUUGACACCAUUUCCAGAUCACCAUCUCCUUCGAUAGAAGAUUAUUUUGCAAGGCCAACAGCUCUUAAGAUGGAACAUAGGCAAUUAGCAUCUGCAUCAGAAAGAAGUGAAGUUGAGUCUUUGGAUGAGUUAUUCUCAGAUGCAGCGAGAGGCAGCUCAAAUGAUUUUAGAGCAAAUAUCUUUUCCCUUGAUGAUUUGGUUUCUACUUCUAUCAGUGAAAGACCCGAGUUAGAACAAAAAGAUGAAGACUCUCAGUUAGGUAAAUCAGACAAGGGAGUAAAUUCAGACGUGUUAACUUUGAAAGGUGUACUAAGCCAUCCCAAAGAAAGCAGGACGGAUGUAAAUUGUCCCGUUGAUGUCAAAGAGGUAAUUCCAACCGAAACUGAAAUCUCUGAGCAUCUGAAUGAGGAUUCUUCAGCUUUAUCUGAAAAGGAAAAUGCUUUCAGCCUGAGUUCGGCAUCUCCUGAACCUCCGAAAAGCAUUCUUAAUUCAUUGUAUUCUGAAGAUUUUGAAAGAUAUUCAGAUUCACCAGCAUACGAACAAACAGUCUGUUCCAGACCAUCACCCGAUAUAACCCUCCAGAGUUCACCCGAGAGCUCUUCGUAUUCCAGAACGGACACUCGUUCAUCGAGGUCAUCACUCGAAAUCAACAAAAAAUGGAGUGAGAAAGUAAGAAGAGUAACAGUGAAAGAGAUGGGCGUUCAGACGCACAAUCCUGCAUUCGCUUAUCGCUGGGUGAACGGAAGCACGGCUACCAUUGGCCCAACUCUAGGAGGGGCCUACGUGGACCCAACGCCUGUUGCCAGUCACAUGGUUAGCGCGGAUGCAGUCGAAGCCCUAACAGCUUACAGCCCUGCAGCGUUUGCUUUGAAUGACAUGUUAAAACAACAACUGAUGCUGACCCAACAGUUUGUGGAAACUAGCCGCCAUCUGCAUUUCUCUCUCCUGGAGUCUCUGGAAGAUGAGCUAUUUCAGUAUCAAACACUGGAAGAAACUAAAGAGUAUAUUAAGAAUCACAAGCCACCACCUCUAACAAUUGAGAAAGCUUUGGAGGAAGUAGUGAAGGAAAUGGGAGAACACUGAGACAGAGAUGGACUUGCUUCUGGAACCAGUCACACGUUUGGACUUUCAAGCGCAGCGUGUUUUUAACGUUAACUAGCCAAGCGUGCUUUUCCCGGGUGUUUGCUGAGACUCAUAUGCAAUUAAACUUAUCUGUAAUUCUA